AUGGCGUCGGUCCGGUACGCCUUGCAACAAGAAUGCUGCACGCAGGUCGAGUUCGUGCCUCCGGGGAUGACUGGCAUAUGUCAGCCCAUGGACGUCUCCGUGAUGAAGGCUUUCAAGAACCACAUUACGAAUGCGUACCUGCAGUAUCAUCUCGAGCAUCCGUUUUCGGCGACCGCGCGCGAGAAGCGAGCCCUGAUGUCACGCCUUGUAGCCGAAGCCUGGGACGUGGUACCUGCCACGGUGAUUACCAACGGCUUCAUCAAGGCCGGCUUGAUUCCAACCGGCCCCCGAGACCGCAGUGCCCGCUUCCGGGUUCCCGAUGUGUCGGCUAGAAUGCGCCACUUGUAUGCGAUGAAUAAAUUUUGUUUUUCCUUUUCUUGUCAAUAA